UUUCAUUUAUAUUCAGAUAAAUUUCUGUAUCUCUCUAUUGUUGAUCUGGUUUCUAUUGAGAAAUUGAUUAAUUUAAAACGACAAGGUUGGUCAUCCUGUCUUAAUUUCUUCUUGCCCCUCCCUCGUUAUGCAGGGGAAGUUUGUAUAAGCUGCUGCAUCGAUUCAAUAUUCAACUCAAUGAGAAAAGAAGAAUGCGAAUGGCUCUUGAUGUGGCAAAAGGAAUGAAGUAUUUUCACACAAGCAAUCCUACUAUAGUGCAUCGAGAUUUGAAAACACCAAACCUCCUUGUUGAUAAGAACUGGGUCGUAAAGGUCUGUGCUUUUGGGUUGUCACGCAUGAAGCAUCAUACUUUCCUAUCCUCAAAGUCUACUGCUGGAACGCCUGAAUGGAUGGCACCGGAAAUUUUAAGGAAUGAGCCGGCCAAUGAGAAGUAAGUCACUUUAAUUGUCAAAUAGAAUGUUUUUACUCUUUGAUGUAUCUAUUAUGUUUCUUAUACAAAUAGACUGGUUUGGCUGCAGAUGUUAUGUGUACAGUUUCGGCGUGAUAUUAUGGGAAUUGGCUACUCUAUGCAUUCCCUGGAAAGGUUUGAAUCCAAUGCAAAUUGUCGGAGCUGUUGGAUUCGAAAAUAAGCAUCUAGAAAUCCCCGAAGACAUUGA